GCGACCCCGCCAGUCGGGUCCAUCCUGCAGUAAAUGCACUACCGGGACGGAAGUGCCUCUCCGUCAGCAGACCCAGGCUCGGAGCUCCAGACGCUGGGACAGGCCGCCCGCAGACCACCCCCGCCGCGCGCGGGACACGACGCCCCCCGCAGGACCCGCCCAUCAGCCCGGAAACCCCCGAGCUGCUUCUCCCGGAGGCCAAUGCCCACCCGGGAGCCCCCAGAGACUCGCGGCUCCCGGGGGCACCUGCAGACUCACCCGCCUGGGCCUGGGCCCCCGCUACAGGGACUGGCGCCCCGAGGCCUCAAAACCAGCGCCCCCCGCCCUCCGUGCCAGCCCCAGCCAGGACCCCACAAGGCAAAGACCAAGAAGAUUGUGUUUGAGGAUGAGUUGCUCUCCCAGGCCCUCCUGGGCACCAAGAAGCCUAUUGGAGCCAUCCCUAAGGGGCAUAAGCCUAGGCCCCACCCUGUGCCCGACUAUGAGCUUAAGUACCCACCGGUGAGCAGUGAGAGGGAACGGAGCUGCUAUGCUGCAGUGUUCCAGGACCAGUACGGAGAGUUCUUGGAGCUCCAGCACGAGGUGGGGUGUGCACAGGCAAAGCUCAGGCAGCUGGAGGCCCUGCUGAGCUCCCUGCCCCCACCCCAAAGCCAGAAGGAGGCCCAAGUUGCAGCCCGGGUUUGGAGGGAGUUUGAGACAAAGCGAACGACUGCUGGGAUUACAGGCAUGAGCCACCUCGCCCGCCUCACCAGGUUGCCUGUGCCCAGUUUCAAGGAGAGGAAAUUGAGGCUCGGAGAAUGAAAGGCAGAGAGUUGAGCAGCUUGAAGGCCACAGGGCAGACUGCUGCAAAGACUUCUGGGUCUCGCCCUGCCUAGGAUCCUGGCUUCCUGGACAAGCAGGCUCGCUGCCACUACCUGAAGGGUAAACUGAGGCAUCUCAAGACUCAGAUCCAGAAAUUCGAUGACCAAGGAGACAGCGAGGGCUCUGUGUACUUCUAAGUGCCCCUGCAGAUGGGCAGAGGGAUGCAUGGGGAUGCAGGUCCCUUGCAUUUCUUGGUAUCUCUCAGCCUUUCCUCUUGCAGUUCCCCCUACCAGGGGUUGCUUUCUCCUGGAUUGCAAAUGCCUCUUCAGUUUGGACUCAACUCUGACAGCCCCUCCUCCAGGAAGGCCUUCCAGGACUUCCUCCUCUGGGUCCUCUAGCUCUGACCCUACAGGGACUCCAGAUCUCAACCUGUUCCCUGGAAGUAGGGCCUACUCUCCAUCCCGGUGAAAUAAACAUGUAUUAGACA